ACCUGGGGCCAGUUGCCCCUCCGCAGCGCAGGGAAGACCUGCGGAUGCAGGGGACAUCCCAGCCCCAGCGUCCCAUGAAGGGGUUGGCCAAGGAGGCUGAAGGGACACAGGGAGGGGGCACGGCAGACAGGCAGGGGACCCUCCUCUUCUGCCCAGGGGGGACACCGAGCCCAUCAGCAGCACUGGUGGUGGGCACCAGGGCGCGAGGCUGGCACCCCUCCCGGGGGCCCUGGGCAGGGCAGACACUUCGAGGAGGUCUUCCUUCCUCCUGGCCCAGCUAGCAAGCCCCGAGCUGCGCCGCUGCAAGCACCUCUCAUGUGACCGCUGGCUUCCUGUGCGCUUCCCGGCCUCAGUGCCGGCGCCUCGGUACGUGCCCUGCCAGGCGCUGCUCCAGCGCUGUGCUCUGCCCCGGGGCCCCAGCACCAUGCUGCGCCGCAAGCCCUCCAACGCCAGCGACAAGGAGCCCUGCCACAGGAAGCUCUCCCUCCAGCGCUCCAGCAGCUUCAAGGACUUUGCCAAGGCCAAAGUCAGCUCCCCUGUGGCGAGCGAGAAGGAGUUCAAUCUGGAUGAGAAUAUCCCUGAGGAUGAGCCCAGCAGCGCUGCCCCCGAGGAGGCGGCGCGGAGCAGCGGGAUGAAGCUGGGCAAGAAGUGGCGGGCCGUCAUCUCCCGCACCAUGAACCGCAAGAUGGGCAGGAUGGCGGUGAAGGCGCUGGCCGAGGGGAAGGCAGAGGCGGAGGAGGAGGGGUCCCCGUCCCCACUGUCCCCAGCCAGCAGCACGGAGGAGCCGAGCCACGAGAAGAUGCCCCUGUCCUACCUGGAGAUGGAGGAAGACGCGCACCCGGCCAUCAGCCGCCAGCUGUCCAGCGGCAGCGAGGCGUCCAGCCCCAGCCCCAACAACCGGGACAGCCUGCGGCUGGAGGAGAGCGGCCCGGCCUACACAGGCCCCUUCUGCGGCAGGGCCCGCGUCCACACGGAUUUCACGCCAAGCCCCUACGACAAGGACUCGCUGAAGCUGCGGAAAGGGGACAUCAUCGGCAUCAUCGAGAAGCCGCCCGUGGGCACCUGGACGGGGCUGCUCAACAACAAGGUGGGCUCCUUCAAGUUCAUCUACGUGGACAUCAUCCCCGAGGAGAUGGCCCCCGCCCGCAAGAGCCGGGGCCAGGGCAAGAGCAAGCGGCCCAAGCCCAAGACGCUCCACGAGCUGCUGGAGCGCAUCAACCUGCAGGAGCACACCUCCACCCUGCUACUGAACGGCUACCAGACCCUGGAGGACUUCAAGGAGUUGCGGGAGACCCACCUCAACGAGCUGAACAUCACGGACCCCCAGCACCGCGCCAAGCUGCUCACGGCUGCCGAGCUCCUCCUGGAUUAUGACACAGCGAGCGAGUCAGAGGAAGGUGACAGCUCUGAAGCCCAGCCUUCGCCCUCGGAGCCCAAGGGGGACAUCCCGCGGGACUCGGGCUGCUUCGAAGGAUCCGAGACCCUGGACGGCAGCCGGGAGGAGGCCGAGCUGGCAGGCCCUGAGGGGCAGCUGGGGGCUCCGUCCCCAGCAGAGUCCUCCUGAUCCCCCAAAGCGCUUUGCCGGCUCUGGCCCAGCAGUGGACAGGAGGGGAAGCUUGCCGGGGUGCAGGCAAGCCCCAGGGAUGGGACCCCAUGGCAGGACCUGCUCUGCAGGCGGGCUCAGCCCCCGAGGUUUGCUGCCCCAGGAUGUUCUGCACUGCCUCACACCACUGCCCCACGCUCACUGUCCCACGCAGUGGGUGCUCCGGACACCGCGGGAGAGCCCAGGCGAUGCCGCAGGUCUGCAAGCCGGGGCUGGGCCGCCCCUCCUGGGCCUGCCCCAUUUUGUCCACAGCUUCAGGAGCUCCUCCAGGAGCCCUCGUUGGCUGGGCUGAGCAAACAUGAGCGCAGGGGAGCCUGCAAGGACAGGGAUGGCACGGACAGAGCACACCCACUGCUGAGCGGAUGGGUGCAAGCAAGCAGAGGCACCGAGGAAACGCCACCAGCAGCAGGGAGGGUGCCGCCUUCCCCCAUCGACUUCCUUGCACAGCCAAAGCAGACAGCGGGAGGCUGCUGGGAGAGCUUCAGCCAAGCCCUGAGAGCAGCCCAGCCUCAGCAGGAAGGCUGGGGUGAGAACUGACACUCAGCAGCCUGCUCUGGAAGGGAUCGCAGAGGAGCGGGGCCGAGCACCGCGCUGCCCGGAGGUGGACGAGGCUGUCCCCAGGGCCCCACAGGAUGGCCCCCCUGCAGACAGGCAGGUGCCCCCCUCCCAGCACCGGCUGCCCCCCAGGCAGGGGAGCUGCAGCGCUGCCAGGGCCAGGGAGCAGGAGCUGGUCAGGGAAGGCACCAGUAGAGGAGCCCACGGGUAACAAACCCCUGGGCUCGGUGGUACCGCAGCGCUCAUCCGGCCCCAGCUCUCACAGCUGCACUCAUCCAGCUCCAGCUCCCGCACCGCGCCAGACCUUUGGGCCCCAAGUUUGUUCCUUUGCGCUUGAUCUCAAUAAAGGCGUGCUCUGGCCUUCAGCCUGCUUCCUACCUGCCCCAAAGGCCUGGGGAAGAGAGCCAGGGAGGGAAGCAGCGUCCUUUCAGUGAAGCUGCAGGUAGUUCAGCAUCCCAGGACAGCCUCCUGCUGCAACCCAUGGCCCCCGUUGUCGGGGACAGCAGGACACAGGUAAGACAAGGGCGGGCUCGAGCACACUGUGGAUGUGGGAGAUGCAGAGGCUGGAAGGCCCCAGGGGACGGAGAAGGAGGCAGCCCGCUUUGGGAGGCAUAGACAGAGAGAGGCAGAGGCUACAGCUCAGCCAUUUUCCAAACCAAUUAAGUUUCCUUCAUUGUUUCAAAAAAAAAAAAAAAAAGAAAAAAAAGAAAAAAGAAAAAAGAAAAAAGAAAGAAAAACCAACCCUCACCCUACCCCCACUUCCUUCACAAGAACCUGAACAGAGCAGACAGGAACCACAGGUGCAGGCAGCAUCCGUGACGGCCCCAGCAGGCAGCACUCGACACACCGCAUUAGAAAAUAGAUUAGUAAAACCAAAAAAAUACACUUUUUUCGCAACGAGUUUGAGAUUUGGUCAGUAGCGCGUUGGGGCAGGUGGGAGAGGAGGGGCAGUUCUCGCUGCCGCGGGCUGUGCACAGGACCGGCGAGGGCACCGGAGCCGGUCUGGCCGUAGGGUGUCAGCGGCUCCAGCCCCGCGUGGUGGGACCCAGAGCUCGUUCAGGCGCUGGCAAGGAGCAGCUCGAGCAGCUGCAGGGCUGCUCCCCCGGCUCUGUUCCAGGGCACGGUACUGAAAGCAGCACGAUGCGGGAGGGCACGGAAGGAGGAACACGCUGCCAGGCGGAGAAGCGAGCUGGGCCGCCCCUGCAGGGCCCUCCUGCGACAUCUCCACCCGCCGUCCAUUUGCUGCGUGUCCACGGGAGGCAGCAGCACCGAGCACACCCGGCAGGGGAUGGAGAGCUGCCAGGGCACAUCGCGGCCUCCCCUCCAUCUCCAGCCUCUGCAGGGGCCGGCAGCGGCCAUCGGCAGACCCCGGGGAGGGAGCGCUGCAGUGGAAGAGGAGCCCACGGCACAGGGGUUUCCACCACCGCUCGGCCUCUCCUCCCUCCUCUGCUGGGGAGGACACCACGCAGCCAAGACGGCCGGCAAAGCCCGGGGGAGAUUCAAGGCUCUGAAAGCCAGCCAAGGAUGGCUGAGAAAUGCAGGGCAAGGGGCGGGGAGGGGACACGGGACACGACAACAUGACACAGAAUCGGGGCCGAGGUUGCGCAGAGCAGCGGCCAAGCGGCGUGCCACAGCCCAGCGGGGAAGGGCGGGAGAGCCCGUGCUCGGCGCAGGCACCCGGGAGCACGUCCAGCCCUGGCACAAGUCUGGGAGGCAGCAACGCAGGCAGGUCCUCCCCUGCAGCUUGGCACACCCUGCGCACAGCCACGCUGUGGCAGGCACGGGGCAGAGCCGAGCAGCAGGAAGACGGCGCUGCCCCGCUCCUUCCCCCAGCCCCGUCCACGUGAGCUGCAGGGAAGGACGCGAGGGAGGGCCCACGCCACGACUGCUCUCACACCUGCUGAGUCGCGUGAAAAGAGGGAGCAAGGGAAGGAAGCUACUUUAAGAAACACCGCCAGCAGAAUACCUUCCCAGUUUUUUCGGCCCUUUUGGCACCAAAAUGUCUCCUGACAACCCCUGCCACGUUAACCAAUAAAACAAUGCCACAGAUUAGAGGAAGGAGGGAGGAGGGGAGAGAGGACGUUACUGCCAUUAAUCACUUUCUCCUUCCCAUCAGGAUUCCUCAGCAGCAGGGAGCAGGCCGACCCUAACAUCGUUUCUGAGCUGCUUGACCACAAGUCAUCAGGUCAGUCAGGGCCAGACGGAGGGACAGCUCAGGCCACCAAGCCAGUAUUUAGCGUUGAGGACAACCUGCAGAGCAAGAGG